UUGGAAGUCCCUAAAACAUAAAGCACACUAAGAACUCUUGAGGAAAAAAAUUCAAAUAAAUUUUCGUCUUUGGGUAUUUGCCAUUCGCCGAAUUUUACCAGAUAUCCCUAGGUUUUCAUAGUUCUGCAUCUGUGUAUCGCCGGAAUCUACCUCAGAAUUGAAUUUCCCAUCUUUUUCUCCAGCAACUUUCCGAUGGAAUCUCCUUCGAGAGCAUCUGAGACUUGUUUGCCGAACUAUGGUGAAAAUAAUGGUUCAACUCCGCUGCAUCCUGAACCGCUUAAUGUGGCCCCCAUUAGUUCUGUUCCUCCUCUACCAUGCGGUUCACCAGACAUCAAUACUGGUUCAGUCCCAAUUGAAGCUGAUUCCAAGCAUAUCAUCAGCUCUCAACAGCAUGGUGGUCCACUUAUUGGAUCACUUGAUGUCGCUGAAUCUGAGGAUAAUUAUCUGUUCCGCGUUUCACUCCCCGGUGUUGUAAGGCAUGAAAGAGUCUUUUUCUGUGAUGCUGGACCUAAUGGGCAAAUCAAUAUAAGAGGAGUGAGUGAGAUUGGAAAGAACAUGGUUCGCAGGGGCACCAUGGUUUUUAAGAUGCAAACUCAGAACCUAUGCACAUCGGGAGAAUUUUCUAUCUCAUUCCAGCUACCAGGUCCAAUUGAUCAUCAGAACGUAGAUUAUGUUUUUGGAUCUGAUGGAAUUUUUCAAGGAAUUGUGAAAAAAAAGAAGACAACAGGUCCUUAAAUCUUUCAGCUUGGUAAAUUAUAGGAGAGAAAUGCCAAAAUUGACAAGACUAGGAGCAAUGCUGCUGUUGAUUACUGGACCUCUUCAAGAUUUAUUUUUGCAUCAUACUUUAGUUCUUUUGUUUCUCUUUUCGUUCUUUCCAUUGUUAAGACUUACUAAGGCCAUAGCUUACCAAACUGGGCCACUCUACCCCAUUGCCUGACCAACCAAAGGAUUUUGUUUUUGUAUUUAAAGACCAAGGUUUUUGUCCUUGUUGUUUAAUUGGUUUGCCAUGGUACUCUUAUAUCCUGCAGUUUACACCAAAUUGGAAACUUGCUCACAGGGAGCAAUCUAUUAGGAAAAUUGUUAUAAGAAUUUAUUACA